AUGUCUCACUUUGCAACACCAUUUAUUGUGAUAAAUCUCGGCUGUGAAAUGGUUUAUGUCGUCGAGCAGAGACUGAAAAUGCAAAACAUACCAGAGGACAAAUCCGAGAUAGUACUCACCGAUAUAACAACAGUCCUUCUACAUCCAAAGCUCCUGGAAGAACUAUUUAUACCACAGCCCGUUGCUCCUCAUGCCGUUAUCAAGCAACUCUUAGAAGAUAUAUCUGCCUCAUCGAUUAUGAGACUUGAUAGUUAUUCUAUGAAUAAACUUUGGGAUUUAAUGACAAUGAUCUUCAAAUGGCAAUUAGCUGUAGCGACAAAUCAGAGUAUUUUUGACAUCAGCCGGCGACAUUUAAAAUGUGUAGCCACUUUACUACCGGUUUAUUUCCCUAGAAAAAUAAUUGAAGACACAAUCAAAAGAUUUGACGAUUUAGCAAUGAUUUUCACCGAGAAUGAUUAUAAAUGCCUUUGUAACACAUUAAUACUUUGGUUUUCUGAAUAUCAUUCAAAAAUUUCCGUCCUUUUAAGACUAGGACUGCAGCGCAAUGAUGGCACUUUUAAUUUACCUGCUACAGUUAAUCUUAAAUUUCUUAAAAAUCUAGGGGAAAAUAUUUAUAAGCACGAUAAGAAAAAGAAAUCUAUUGAUGACUAUCACAUUCACUGUGCUGAUGAUAAUGAAAUCCGUUGUUUAUUGGGUCCUAUGGAAACAGCGUCACCGCACAAGCAAGCUUUACAUGAAAAUCAUAUUGAAUCAAGAACCAAAAAAUGCUCACCAGUAGCAUUGCACAAGUACAAAUAUUUUAAAAAUAUUGAUUUGAGUCGUAAAAAUGUUCCAAGUAAUGAUCUUAUUUUUACAUCUAAUGUUCCAAAAACGACACAGGAGGAUCUGCUUGAAAUGUUGGAAAAUGUAUCCCUUAACUAAAUGUCCGUAUAACACUUUAUAAAGUCAUGCAUUUAAAUACUUUUCAUCAUAAUCAUCAGUUAUUUUCGUUCUAAUAUAUUAAGUAUCUACUUCAACUUCACCGAUUAUUGGUCAAAUUCAUCUUAGCUGGCAAUAAUUUACUCUAUUAAAAGUG